GACGAGGUGGACACCAUGAGACCGACCCAAGGUACCUUGGCGAGUGCUGUAGCUCAGAUAGCGCGCAAGGAGCCACAGUUUGUCCACAAGAUGAAAUUUCUCAUCAUUCUGUCCGCUCUGGUGGCAGCGGCGUCCGCCAGGCCAGGCUUGCUAGUGGCGCCACAGGUGGCAGCACUUGCGACGCCCUUAACCAUCACGAAACUAGUGCCUGGCGCGCCGAUAGGGCUGGACGGGCGAGUCGUGGACACGCCGGAAGUGGCGCUGGCAAAGGCGGAGCACGCGGCAGCCCACAUCAACGAAAGAAUCAAUCUCGCUCAGGAGACGUUGAAAUCGGCCGACGCGAUCGCCAUCGCGGGCCCCCUUGUCGCCAGCAGCGUGGAGCCCAUCGCGGUUGCGGCGAAAAUCGUGCCCGCGGCUCCUCUCGGCCCGGACGGCCGUGUCGUGGACACGCCCGAGGUGGCCCUGGCCAAGGCGGAGCACGCUGCCGCUCACAUAAAUCAGAAGAUCGAGCAAGCUGUCGAGCAAAGGCAAUCCUCCUCUUUGGAGAUCCCUCUUGUCCUGUCCACGUAUUCGGGACCCGUGAUUCAGAAGGUUUUACUUAACGGGCUUUGGCUUACGUGGGCUAACCGAUCGGCCGGCUCCUUCCAGGCCGUGGUCCACGUGGGAGGGGGGCGGAUGAUCACCGCUAUAAAUGCUACCAACGGCCGUUCUCCAGGAACACAAAACGUGAGGCCGUGGAAAGCCGUGGAGCGAGGGAAACGAGCGAGUACUGGCCACACCAGCAGCGCUUUUUCUUUCUUUUUUUUUUUUCCGCGAAGGGGAAAAGCACGAUCGGGGAGGGGAAAAGAGAAAAAGGAGAAGGAAGAGAAAGAGAAAGGAGAGAUCGAAGAGAAAGGAGCCAUGAGGGGAUUGAUUAUUUUCAUCGCAACGGUGGCCAGUUGCAGGGCAGGUUUCCUCGGCUCGCCCUCGUACGGCGAGGCCCAGGUGCACCCCCAACCGGCGCCCCAGAGGUUCGCGCCCCCUGCACCGGUUGGCCAAGACGGAAACGUGAUCGACACCCCGGAAGUCGCGCAAGCGAAGGCUGCCCACUUCGCGGAAUUCGCUAGAGCAGCGGCCAGAGCAGCCGAGGAGAGCAAGAAUCAGCCCCAAUCGGUCGAGUACAACCCCCAGUCCCAACCCUACAACUUUCCCUCCCCCCAACCCCCCGCUUACGUCAGACAGCAAGCGUAUCAGCAGCCAGCGCCCAUCUACCAAUCUGCCCCAGCGCCAACGUACAAUCAACCGAGUCCGGUAUCGGGUUAUCAGCCGCAGUAUACGGGAAAUACGAACUUUGUCGGGCAGCAGAGUUUCUCUGCCAACGUGAAACCCACCCCUUUCGUGCCUGCGCCCCUCGCUGAGGAUGGGACUGUAAUCGAUACGCCGGAAGUGGCCGCUCUUAAGGCCGCCAGGUUGGCAGAAUUGGCCGAGGCCGAGGCGAGGGCGUAUAAGUUUGCACAGGAAUACAAACCGGAAGUCCAAGGCCAAGCUUAUGCUAGUCCACCAGCAGCCCCGGUCCAAUACAAUUCUCCCGCGGCUAGAGUAUUUCCUGGCGCAGCGCCCUCGUAUCCCGCGGCGCAACCAGCGUAUGGCAAACCUGCUUUCCAACCUCAAAAUUAUCAAUCGCAGCAAUUAGUCGGAGCUUAUCUAGAUCGACCGUUCGAGCCAGCCACACUCGUAACCGAGACGUCCGUUUCGUGGUGUCCUAACAGCAUGAUCUUGCUCAUAGUCGUUGCCGCGUCGCUGGUGGCGUCUACGAUCGCCUACGAGGACAGAGAAUACAUUCAGUCGUACAGAGGCCCCCAAGCGCCAUUGACCAGCGAUGGGAUGGUCAUGGACACGCCGGAGGUGGCCCAUGCGAGGGCUGCCCACCUAGCGUUGCACGCUGAAACUAUGGCCAGACUGAGGAAGGCUCAGAACGAUUACGAGAUGAUGUACGAAAAUAACGAAAUGUCGUACGUGCCUCAAGUGAUGGACCCUGUCGAGACCGUGAUGCAGAAGAGGCAGAGGCAGAGGGAAUACAUGCCUUUGGAAAGCGAUGGAAACGCUAUGGAGAAUCCCGAGAUGACGGACGAGAAAAGCCCACGCUUGACAACGCGCGCACGGGCAGCCUCGAAGGCGUCGGAAUUUUACGAGUUUGACAUAUUUGACGGGCGAAAGAAUUUGGUUUACCUGGCGCCUGUACGAGUUACCUACAAACACGCGCCAACAAUGGGUUACAGAGGACCACUAGCGCCGCUCGGCCCCGACGGCCGAGUGGUGGAUACACCUGAAGUGAUGAGGGCGCGCGAGGCGCACAUGAAGGCACACGCUCGCGCCGUGGCGCUCUCCACUCAGAACGAUCUUUACUAUUAAAGUGAGGUUAGAGGAUUCCUCUUCUUGAUUCGUACGUAUGUUAAACCGUUUCAGUUUUUGGUAUUUCUGUUUAAUUAUUCUUGAUAAAUAUCGUUAUGAAAAUAUUAAAUUUUUUUUUGUGAAAUGGAUAGAUUUUUUUUUCACUACGUUUCUUACGUUUUAACGUUCUUUCUACCCGAACAUGUAUGCAAUUUAUCGUAUAAAAUUGUACGCGUGUAUAUCAUUCUAGAGAGUUGGAGAAUUGGAUUUUUCUUAAAAUAAAAUUCGUUCAAUUUUCCGUCGAAUUGUUCGCGCAAUGUAACCUAACCUUUCGCAGCGAUUAUCGAGAGCAGAUUGCUUCGUACCUGAUUUUUUACAUACUUUUUUUUGGGACAGAUGGGAUUUUCGACGGUUUGACGAAAAUUGAACGAAAACUUCUCUCUCCCCCCUUCUAAUUUUGUAAAUAAUAUUACUUAUAUAUAUAUAUAUAUACUCAACUUGAAUAACUCGUCCCAUUUAUUUUACGUAAAAUAACCAUUUUGUUGUUUCACAUUGCUAUCGCUGCAAUUUGAAUUUUAUUGCCAUACAAUUGUUAACGAAUAAUAUAACGUGUGAUUUUUAGAUUUUUAGAUUUUUAAGAUAUAAUAUACAUAUAUAUAUUUAUGAUGGUAGAUGUUAAGUAAUAGUUUGUGAAAAAAUGAAUCGUAUGUUACUUAGAAAAAUUUGUCAUUCUUGCCACCGAAGUGUAUUCUAUAUUUUUUAUUGUCUUUGCAGUGGAAUAAAAUAUGAAUGUGUC